AUGCUGCCGAGGCCGUGUCUCCAAGCUUUCCCACAGUCUCGCUCAGAGCUGCCCAGCUUGCUGAACUGCGGGGCACGCAGAUUAAAUCGCCACAAGGUCGGCGUUCAGGCCGGCGUUCACGCUCACCACUUUCUGUCAAGCUGGAGCGGCAAACGCCUGCGUCUCGUCGACCUUUGGGGUCAGCAGGCGGCACCAGACAAUCUCUUCUAUGUCGACAUAGCCAAUGUGCACGGCAACGAUGCCAAGAAGCAGCACCGACUUCAGUGCGAAAGACGACUCGAAGAGUCGUUGCGUUCAGGCCGUGCCGAGAUCCUGAACCUCGUCCUGGCCUCAGGUUUGACAGGCAUCGCAGAUGUUGCCUUGCGGCGAUUGAGCCCCGGUUUGCAGCAUCCUCAGGCUAGGUUCAAGGUAAUGCAGCAACUAAGGGACCCUUUCUCAUGA